AUGUUCACAGCACCAUCCACCUCAUCCACAGCUAAUCAUGACUUGGAAACUGAGCAAACUCAUCCAGAAACCCCUGUUGAUGACAGAUACAGUACGGAUCCAUUAUUAGAUAGUAAUAAUAUAAGAAACAAUAAUUCAGAAACAGUUGCAGAAGGUUGUGGAGAUCGGACCAAUGCUGGCUUCAUACAGUCAGUGUUCUCAUACUUGGUUCCACAUUACAGACAAGCUGUAGCAGGUCAGGUCUCUCCUGAGCCUGUUACAGUAGUCUCAAAUGUCUCAGUAACCAGCCAUUCCCAACCCGAGUCACUCCAAAGAGUAUCUUCUGUCACUCCAUCCACCGAUGCAUCCACAGAUACGUCCAUGUCAUGUCAUCCAAGUUGGACUCGGAGUGCAGACAAUAACUCUCCUGUCUUGGAAACUGCAAUCAAUUUAGAACAGUCGAAUCCUUCUGUGUCCAUGGCAGGCAUCAAUUCAAAAAGAUUGAAAGCAAGUGUAUUGCCUAGACUGAGUAUUGUUCGUCCAACUCAGAUUACUCGUUCUACUCAACCUGCUUCCAUCUUGGAUUCAAAUGGUUACACUGUGUAUGGAUCUCUACAAACAGAGCUUCCAGGUACUUAUCCUGCUUCGAGAUCGAUCGAUCCUGUUCAAAUCUCCACAUCUCAAGAUACACAACGUCAUCCAUCAGCUGUUUUUGGAUUGAAUCGUCGGGGUUCACGAAACUCGCAACCGCAGAGUGGUUUAGAACCUCGUUUAAAAGGCACACAUGCAUUUGGAGAAUGGCGGAAAUCCGUUUCACUGUCCAUUCAUCAAAUAAAACGAAAAAUCGUCGAUAGUGUCAAGGCACAUACAAAAGGAUUUACCGAUGCUAGAAUGCCUAUACAUCCAGAAAAUAUGCUACGUGUAUUUGUUGUGACAUGGAAUAUUCAUGGCCAUCUGCCGGUUGGAAAUUUAGCUACACUUUUUGGCAUUCAUGAUCCUUUGACUGCGUCACAAUCAAUGCAAACAGACUCACACUCCAAAUUCAACGAAUGUCAUUUUGUUGCCGUGUCAACCCAAGAAUGUCAACAAGGUGUAGAUUCUACACGUAAAAAAACAUGGGAGAAAAUGCUGGCCGGCUUUCUUUCUUCAGCCUAUACUCUAGUAUGCACAGAAAGUAUUGGUGGAAUCCAUUUAACCGUGUUUGUGCGAUCUGAUGUAGCAGAUUUGGUUACAGAAGUCAUCUCUUCAAGAAUAUCUACUGGAAUUGGCAAUGUUUUGGGAAAUAAGGGUAGCGCUGCUAUUGCUGUUCAAUUUGAUGGUGUUUCCAUUUUAUUUGUUGAUUCACACUUUGCUGCGCAUCAGGAGAAAGUCACUGCAAGAAAUAGAGACUAUGAACGAACUGAAAAUGGGAUGGUUCUUCCUGGAUUUGAUGAAAGCGACUCUAGCAUUCCGCGUUUGUCUGAUAGAUUCGAUUAUGUAUUUUGGGCAGGUGAUCUCAACUAUCGUAUAAACGGAACUCGAGCAAUAGUUGACUCGCUUAUUUUAAACAACCAGCUUGAAGUGUUAAUCAACAAUGAUCAAUUAGCCACUGAAAUGCAUAAAGGAAAAUGUUUUAUUGGAUUUCAAGAACAUCCUAUACAUUUUAUUCCAACUUACAAGUUUGAUGUCAUGGCACCUACCUCUCCAACAUCUUAUACUUCUGCAUUGCCUUUUGUAACAGCAUCAAGUCCAACAAGGCGACUAUCUGGUGAAUCCAGUAUACCACCAGUUGACAUUGAUCCCUUUGGUUACGAUUCGAGUCGAAAAGCUCGAAUUCCUUCUUGGACAGAUCGCAUCCUUUACAAAUCUCGUUGCACACUACACAAAGGCAUACCAAGAAACGCGGGUUCGGCAAGUAGUUCAAGUAUUCGAGAGUCGGCGAUUGCUCAUGGAUACAAAAAGCCCAUUACACCAGAAGUUUAUUCCAGUAGAAUGGAGAUUGAUAUUUCUGAUCACAAGGCAGUGUAUGGAAUUUUUGCUAUUAACCACAUGGUAAAACGGACAAAACGACAAGUUCACUGCAAUAGAACAGAGUAUGGAAUUAAUUCAGGAGAUCCUGUUCGAUUGGUAUUACCUAAUCGUACCUUGCACGUACAAGAGUCACAAAACAGUAGUUCAAAAUGCAGAUUUGGCUGCUGUAUUCAAUAA